GGCCGGAAGCGAGGCAUGAGCUCCGUCAGCUUCUUCAGCGACGCCUUGGACGAUCUGGAGGAGGCGCAGCAGAAGUGCCCCCCCUGCUGGUACGUGUUUGCACAGCGCUACUUGGUCUGGGCCUGCAGUCCCCAAUGGCUGAGGAUCAAGGAGGCAGUCCAGGUCAUGGUAAUGGAUCCCUUCCUGGAUCUGAGCAUCACCGUCUGCAUUGUCCUCAACACACUCUUCAUGGCCCUGGAGCAUUACCCCAUGACGGACGACUUCAACAGCAUGCUGACCGUGGGAAACCUGGUCUUCACAGGCAUCUUCACAUUUGAGAUGGUCUUCAAGCUCAUCGCCAUGGACCCUUAUUUUUACUUCCAGCACGGAUGGAACAUGUUUGAUGGCAUCAUCGUGUGCCUGAGUCUGAUGGAGUUGGGCCUCUCUAAUGUGGAAGGACUCUCAGUGUUGCGCUCCUUCAGACUGUUAAGAGUCUUCAAGUUAGCCAAGUCGUGGCCAACUCUCAACACGCUAAUCAAGAUCAUCGGUAACUCGGUGGGCGCGCUUGGCAACCUGACGCUGGUCCUGGCCAUCAUCGUCUUCAUCUUCGCCGUGGUUGGCAUGCAGCUCUUUGGCAAGAGUUACCACGACGCCGUCUGCAAGAUCUCACAGGACUGCUCCAUGCCACGCUGGCACAUGAUGGACUUCUUCCACUCCUUCCUCAUCGUGUUCCGGGUGCUGUGCGGCGAGUGGAUCGAGACCAUGUGGGACUGCAUGGAGGUUGCGGGGCAGCCCCUCUGCAUCCUGGUCUUCAUGCUGGUCAUGGUCAUCGGGAACCUGGUGGUCUUGAAUCUCUUCCUGGCCCUGCUGCUGAGCUCCUUCAGCUCGGACAACCUGUCGGCUCCCGACGACGACGGCGAUUUGAACAACCUGCAGGUGGCGCUGGGCCGCAUCCACGCCGGAGCCGGCUGGCUGACGCACCACGCACACCGACUCUGGAGCGGAGAGGACAAGAAGAAACCUCAGGAACAGGGUGAUCUCAGCACGGCAGCCAAUCACGUGGAUUCCAAUGGAAUUGUGGGAAAGACGGGGCGCUACGGGGAGAUUUACAUCAUCCCGGAGGGGGAAGACAGCUACAUGACCAAUCCCAACUUCACGGUGGUGGUGCCGAUCGCGCCCGGCGAAUCGGACGUAGAGUUCCCUGAGGAGGACGAGGACGAGGAGACCGAGUCUUCUGAAGACGAAGACAACAAGCCAGAAGUCGUGAGCCUGUCGGAGGGCAGCACGGUGGACCUGAGGAGGCCGGGAGAGGAGGACGAUGACUUAUCAGACCUGGCAGAGGACGCCAUGGACCCCGACGAGUGCUUCCCAGAGUUGUGUGUGCGGCGGUGCAAGUGCUGCGUGAUCGACACCACGCAGGGUUUGGGGCGCGCCUGGUGGAGCCUGAGGAAGACCUGCUACCAGAUCGUGGAACACAGCUGGUUCGAGACCUUCAUCAUCUUCAUGAUCCUCCUCAGCAGCGGAGCUCUGGCCUUUGAGGACGUGUACAUCGAGCAGCGCAAGGUCGUCAAGGUGAUUCUUGAGUACGGGGAUAAAGUCUUCACCUACAUCUUCGUGCUGGAGAUGCUGCUUAAGUGGGUCGCUUACGGAUUCAAGACGUACUUCACCAACUACUGGUGCUGGCUGGAUUUCCUCAUUGUGGACAUUACCACGCACACCUCAAACGACAGGGUGUCGCUGAUUAGCCUGGCCGCUAACUCGCUGGGUUACUCCGACUUCACCGCCAUCAAGUCCCUGCGGACGCUGAGGGCUCUGAGGCCACUGCGGGCCCUCUCCCGGUUCGAGGGGAUGAGGGUGGUGGUUAAUGCUCUGAUCGGGGCCAUCCCCUCUAUUAUGAACGUACUCCUGGUCUGCCUAAUCUUCUGGCUCAUCUUCAGCAUCAUGGGCGUGAACCUGUUUGCUGGGAAGUUUGGCAAGUGUGUGAACCGCCUGGGCCACAUACACAACGCCACCCUGGUAAACAACAAGACGGAAUGCCAGGCCAUGAACAGCAGCCAGUUCUACUGGACCAUAGUCAAGGUCAACUUUGACAACGUGGGCAUGGGAUACCUCUCUCUCCUACAAGUGGCCACUUUUAAAGGCUGGAUGGAAAUCAUGAAUGCGGCGGUGGACUCUCGCAAGGUUGAGGAGCAGCCUAUUAAGGAGAUCAACCUCUACAUGUACCUCUACUUCGUCAUCUUCAUCAUCUUCGGCUCCUUCUUCACGCUGAACCUCUUCAUCGGCGUCAUCAUCGAUAACUUCAACCAGCAGAAGAGGAAGAUAGGUGGUCAGGAUAUCUUCAUGACGGAGGAGCAGAAGAAGUACUACAAUGCCAUGAAGAAGCUCGGCUCCAAGAAACCCCAGAAGCCCAUCCCACGACCAAUGAAUGUCCUUCAGGGCUUCUUCUUCGAUGUGGUGUCAGAACAAGCCUUUGACAUGGCCAUCAUGCUGCUCAUCAUCCUCAACAUGGUGACCAUGAUGGUGGAGACCGAUGGGCAAUCCUCCAGCACAGAGGCGGUGUUGAACCUUAUCAACCUGGGCUUCAUCCUCCUCUUCACGGCCGAGUGCGUGGUGAAGAUCCUGGCGCUGCGCUGCUAUUUCUUCACCAUCAGCUGGAACAUCUUUGACUUCGUGGUGGUGAUCCUGUCCAUCGUGGGCAUCGUGCUGGCCGACAUCAUUGAGAAGUACUUUGUCUCCCCGACGCUCUUCCGCGUCAUCCGAUUGGCUCGCAUCGGCCGCGUCCUGCGCCUCAUACGGGGGGCCAAGGGCAUCCGCACGCUGCUCUUCGCCCUGAUGAUGUCACUUCCCGCUCUCUUCAACAUCGGCCUCCUGCUCUUCCUGGUCAUGUUCAUCUACGCCAUAUUCGCCAUGGCAAACUUUGCAUACAUCCGCAAGCAAGGCGGCAUCGACGACAUGUUCAACUUCGAGACCUUUGGGAACUCAAUGAUCUGCCUAUUUCAGAUCACCACGUCGGCGGGCUGGGACAAUCUGCUGGACCCGAUCCUCAACAACACCCCAGAGGAGUGCGACCCGGCAGCGGUCAACACCGGCACCAACACCCGCGGCAACUGUGGAAACGCCUCCGUGGGCAUCGCGUUCUUCGUGUCCUACAUCAUCAUCUCCUUCCUGAUCGUGGUAAACAUGUACAUCGCCAUCAUCUUGGAGAAUUUCAGCGUCGCCACAGAGGAGAGCACUGAGCCGCUCAGCGAGGAUGACUUUGAGAUGUUCUACGAGGUGUGGGAGAAGUUUGACUCGGAGGCUACGCACUUCAUCGAGUAUGCCAAGCUCUCCAGCUUCGCCGAUACGCUCUCGGAGCCCCUGCGCAUCGCCAAGCCCAACAGGAUCAAGCUGAUUGCGAUGGACCUGCCCAUGGUGAGUGGCGACCGUAUCCACUGCCUUGACAUCCUGUUCGCCUUCACCAAGCGCGUGCUGGGGGAGUCCGGAGAGAUGGACGCCCUCAAGCAGCAGAUGGAGGAGAAGUUCAUGGCGCUGAACCCCUCCAAGGUCUCCUACGAGCCCAUCACCACGACUCUGCGUCGUAAACAGGAAGAGGUCUCUGCGGCGGCCAUCCAGCGAGCCUUCAGGAGACACCUGGUGAGGAGACAGGUGAAACAGGCGUCCUACCUGUACCGCCAGAUCACCCAGGAGACGAGCUCCCGGCUACAGAGAUACCAGGCCGGUGGAAGAGAGGGGAGGUCCGGAGACGUUGCGCCCGAGCGGGAGGGCCUCAUCGCCAGCCUCAUGCGGGAGCACUACGCCCCCCCGGGGCUAGACGAGGACGACGAGGAGGAGAUGGAGGAGGAGGAGGAGGAGGAAGAGGAGGGAGGAGGUGUGGAGGAGGAGGAGGAGAGGAGGCGAAGAGAGGAAGAAGAGGAGGAGGUCUUACCGCCCCCUUCGUACGAGAGCGUCACGAAGGGAGGCUGCUGCGGCGGCUCACAGUUCUGCUGAC